CAUGUUCUUCGUGCUAUUACAAAGAAGCUUUCAAGUACAGAAAUUAUAUAUCCAAAAUAUAUUGCACAUGAAGCACAUACCAUUUGUCAUGUAAUAGAUUCAGAUUUGCCAAAUUCUAAUAUAGUUAAAAAUGUAGAUAGUUAUAAGGUUUUUUGUCGAAAAGAUCUUCAUGAGCACAUUAUUCAACUAAUUCGAAUUCAUUUUUCCUUACAUCCGUUAAUACCAACUGAGAACAGAUCUAAAUUCAUUACUUUACAAGAACUAGAACAGUGGGUAUUAUGGGCUCGCUCAUCAACAGGAUACAUUAAUAUUUUAUGCUCAACUAUGGCAAUUGAAAGCCAUUGGAGGAUAAUAAAGCAUGAUUAUCUUUCUGAAUACAAUAAUGCACGUUUAGAUUUAUUAGUGCAUAUUAUUAUCAGAUCUGAAGACAGAAUGAUACCAAUUAAAAAAAAAAUAAUUAAACCUAAUCCACAACGGAUUACUAAUACACAACAAUGGAUAUGUUCCUGCCUUGAUUUUUUGCUUAGCAGAUUUUUCAUCUGCAAGCAUUUGGUCCAGGAAGUGGAACCAGUUCCUGUUGGAUUUUUUAAAAAGUUUACUGAGCAAUAUGAUAACCCUUUUGAAAAUUUACCAAAGAAUCUUCUCCUUACCAUUUUAAAUAAAUCAUCAAAUGUACAUACACCAAACCAAAAGGCUAUAUCAAAUAAUAAUUCUAACGCACCUUUUCAAGACAAUACAAAAAUUAACCAGAACGAAGAAAAUAUGAUUGUUGUGUUAUUACCUCAAUAUGAAGAUGAUACAAUUGAAUUAUCUCAAUAUGAAGAUGAUCCAAUUAACUUGCUCCAGGACGAUACUAUUGAAUGUGAGGAAUCUAAAAAAAAAAAUGAAUUAUAUUCUUUAUUAGAAGAAGUUAAAACUAUUAUAGAUGAAAAUAUCCAAUCACCUAAUGCAGAAAAAUGGAUCAAUUCUAUCGAUAAAAAUUUCAAUUCUUUACGAAAAAUGGUAAAUGAUUGUAGACAACUUAAUAGACAACAAAAAUUUCCAAAUACUUGGGAAGGCCGCAACCACAACACAUUCUGGAUUUGA